GUAAAGGGACAUCAGGGCUAGCAUGAGUCAUUUAUAGAGCCAGUCAGGGCUAGAAAAGAGAGAAAGAAAGAGGAGGGGAAGAGAGAUCAAACACACACUGUGAGGAGCAGGAUGUCCCAGCAAGACAAAGCCAGGCUGUGAGCAUCAUGUAUGUGAGUUACCUUUUGGAUAAAGAAACCAGCAUGUAUCCAGGAUCUGCAAGGUGCAGCAGCAACAACCUGCCAGUGCAAAACUUUGUGUCUACUCCGUCUUAUCCAGAUUACAUGGGAUAUCAUCAUGUGCCAGCUCUGGACACCCACGGCCAGCCUGCGGGAACCUGGGGAUCCCACUAUGGCCCGCAGAGGGAGGACUGGAAUGCUUAUGGCCCAGGACCUUCCAGCACGGUUGCUGCUGCUCAGAUCAACAGCUCAUCUCCUGGACAGGUCUCCUACACUUCUGCUGAUUACAGCUCCCUCCAUCCCGCUGGAUCUGGGGGUUUACCUCCUGUAGAUACAAUUAAUACACAGCAAAUCUCUCCCAACAGCCAAAGGCACAGCUCUUAUGAAUGGAUGAGGAAAACGGUGCAAUCCACUUCCACAGGUAAAACAAGAACAAGAGAGAAGUACCGAGUGGUUUACACAGAUCAUCAGAGAUUAGAAUUAGAGAAGGAAUUUCAUUACAACAGAUACAUUACAAUCAGGAGGAAGUCUGAACUUGCUGCAAACCUAAGACUUUCCGAGAGACAGGUGAAAAUCUGGUUCCAGAAUCGCAGAGCCAAAGAACGAAAAUUAAUGAAGAAGAAAAUGACUCAUUUUGAUGGCAGCAGCCUUGGGUCUAUGCAGAGUGACUCUGGCUCAGUGAGCCCAAUGCCAGUUCCUGACCAACAGACUCAUUCAGAAAUGCCCAGUUCUUUAUUCCCACCUCCUCCUCCUCCUCCACUUCCUAUGAAUGGUUUGCAGCACAACGGGAAUCUGCAGCAGGUAGUGGCCUCUCAGUAA